GUGUGCAGUGUCGUGAGGGUAAGAUGUCGACGCGUUCCUCCACGGGAUGCGUGCUCGACUCCAAGGGGCGCAUAAGCUUAGAAAAUAUUUUGGCUGGAUUUAAUUCUCCGAUAUCGGAGGAGCAGGCGUGGGCUCUGUGUUAUACCUUGAUACAUUGUUACAAUGGAUUACGUGCCGAGGAAAAGGCGAAAGUUAUUCCUCCAACGGAGCUAAGUUCAGUAAUAUUGCACAAAGAUGGAUAUAUCAAAGAGGAGACAUUCCUACCCCUCGGUAGAGAAGGACGAAGUCGUGUGCGAUCAGGCUUCGAGGGCAAGUUGGUGUCCGAACUCGGGGUCAUUCUCUACCGUGCCCUGGACUAUGGAUUGGGCAGCGACGAGGAACGGGACCUGUCCCCAUCGCUCAACCACCUCAUUGACCUCAUGACGUCAGCGGAAUGCGAGAGAGGCGAGACAGACGACGAAGGAAUCGAGAGAGAUUCCGGGGACUCCGAGGACGAGAUGGACAGGAGUGCCAACUUCACCAUGCUCGAGGCUCUACAGGUGUGCGAGAGCCGACUGACGAGCGUGGGCAAGGAAGGAGGAGUGUGCGAGCACUACCGGGCGGUGGUCAGGGCACUCGUGGCCGAGUCGAUUGACCUGGCUUCCUUCUUAUCGAAAGUGGCCCACGGCAACAAAUUCAUCACGCAGAAUAACGACCUCCUCAGCUCAGAGCACGACCUUCAGGAACUCCAGUGUGAGGAUUGGGCGAGGCUGUGGAUGCAGGUGAUGAGACAACUACGCGACGGGGUGAAGUUGAAAAAGGCCGAAUUCAACUCUGGCCCGAUCGAAUACGCGCUGACGCCCUACGAGAUGCUGAUGGAUGACAUCCGGUCCAGAAGGUACACACUUAACAAGGUGAUGGUGGACGGAGACAUCCCGCCCAGAGUCAAGAAGGACGCCCACGCGAUUAUACUGGAUUUCAUCCGAUCUAGACCUCCUCUUCGAAAGGCAUCAGAAAGGAAAUUACUUCCUCCACCGAGAAAGAUCUCUUCACCGAUGGAAUUGCUCAUGGAAAGUAUCAGGAAAGACCACACACUGAGGCACGUCGGUACUCCUGCUCGUGCGAGACCCAUGUCUAUGGUCGAGACCUCGCGCUCUCCUCUGGUCUUGAACGACCCAACGCCUAAACCAAAGAGGAAACUGAUUCAGGCCCCAAGGUUCAAUCUAUCCGUAGAGGACGAGGAGGAGGAUGAUCUAAGUGACAUUCCCCCAUCCAGUCCAAGGCUGACUCACAACUUCAGUGUGCAUUCAGUUGGUAGUCCAGCUCCCGAGUCGCCUGAAUCAACACCCACCUCACCAUGGUCACGUAUGGCUUUUGAUCUGGCAAAAUACGGCAAUGCAGGCACACCUGAACGGCGUCAUUCCAUCACCUUGUGUGAAACUCCCUCCCAACCACGACCUUCGUCCGAGUCCAUCACCCCACCUUCUUCUAUGCCCCAAUCUACAAACGUUUCUGCCCCCACUUCACCCGCACACCAAGACUUCAUCGCAUCAACUUCACAAACACAGCGAGAUUUCCUGUCAUCAGCACAUUUUUCCUCGCGGCUUGACUGCUUAGCUCUCACCUUGGAGGAGGUAGUCCACAUCCGUAAUGUUCUUACUAAGGCAGACCUAGAAGCGCUCCCUCUCGACUUAACCAUCAAGGAGGACAUGGCCAAGGGGAAGAUCUGCUUCCUCUGCAUGAAAACCAGAUUUGGUUUCUUUGGUCCCAGAGGAAUAGAAUGCAGACUUUGCAAAAGAAUUGUCUGUAAAAAGUGUGCCACAAAAAUGCGAAUACCAACUGAACACUUUUCAAACAUCCCAGUACAGAUGUUAACCCCUCAGGCAUUAUCUCCUCGGGAUGAGGAAGACGAUAGUAUAUCGCUACCUAGGUCUAUACUAUCAAGACUUACGUUUAACUUCUCUGAACACAUCGCUAAGCGUAUUCAGGUAACAGAGCAUGAGGAGAAUCACAUGCACAAUGGAAUUGAUCACAUCCUGUCUCAGGACCUGCCUCUACCGGGUACAAACACAAGUAGCAGUGGAGCUAUUGAAAGGCGGAGCAGUGUCAGUGGUAGUGUCGGAUCAGCUCCAUCCUCGCCAACACUUCCUCGUUCUGCGGAUGGCCCACAGUCCCUUCCUACGCAACCUCCAGCUCCAUAUGUUAAUGAAGCCAUUAAGAAACGUUCCUUGCUGCAGCAGCGUCAUUCAGUUUACAACCACAAAAGAAGAUCUCUUCCAACAGAUUUCAGAAAGAAACAGCUGUAUCGGGCGAGGACAUUAGCAAUAAGUGAAUGCAGUGCUAUUGAGAAGGAAUUAACAAUGGAAUUAAAACAAAAGCAGCGGUCAAAGAACUCACAAGCUGAAGAUCGUUUAAGAGGGGAACUCAUGACUGUCUGUGGGGACUGCAAAGCCAUGGUGCUACACAUUCUUGUGUCUAUCAGAGUGCGAAGGGAACAGCAAGCCAGUGGAACUUCAGCUCAGCAUGAGUCUCCGCGUCAUCAUCUGCAUCUCAACCUAAAUCCCGUUUACCAUUAAUGAAACUGAAGUAAAAAAAAAAUAGUUUCUUUUAAACCAGCAAAAGUGUAUAGUGUGCAACACAAUAUUACAAUUAUUUAAAAAGUUCACUUUGAUAUCCAUGUGGGCAGAAUAUAAUUUAAGAUAAAACAAAAUUUUGUAUUUUCCCUUGACUAUUACAACAUAGAAAAUUUAAAGCUUCAGUUUUCACAUAACAGCUCCAAACCAGCUUAUCUUUUUAUCUUAUUGCAUCAUUGUUUUAGCAGCUUAUAGAACCAACCACUGCUUUUCUCCUAAGAUAUAUAACUAUGUCAUGUAUACUAUUUACGGUAUUCUACAUCAGAACCCAGUUAUAUAGCAAAGUAUAUUUAGAUUUUUACUGUCGGUGUAUGUUGUAUCACAAAACUUACACUAUUGUCUUUCCACUGCACAUAUCUAGAUACUUUCUCUUACUGAGGGCACAACUAGUGCAUUACUAACUAGCAUGUCAGAUCUAAAUACAUCUAUACUUUAGUGUUUCUAGGUUUGUGUCAUUUUAUUUCAUGUAAUGUCCAUUCUUACAUACUUGACCUCCUAGCAAUUAUUUUGACUUAGUUAUAGUAUGGUCCUCUAUUUUCAACAUAGCAAUACAACUCUUUUAAAUCAUCUGCCUUUAUAUUGGUAAACUGUUUCUUGUACUGAGGGAUCAAUGUAAUGUUUGUAUAUAAUUUCUGAUCUUGUCUUGCUUGUGCCCUGUGAUUCAUGUGUUUCUGAAAUGUGAUGCUUCUCAAGUUAGAAGUGGUAAAGGUUAUAUGUUGAUAAAAUAUCUUCAACUCAAGUGAUGUUUAUAAUACAGACUGAUGUUUGAGUAAUGCUGUAUAUACUUAUCAACUUUGUUUUUCAACCAAGGUCUCUGGAGCUGUCAUUGGAGAUGAGAAGUUUGUAGUUAAUUUGAAUUUCAUAAGUGGUAAUGAGUAUUUUAUCACAUACUUGAUUUGUUUAAAUAAAAUUAUGAAGUAAUAUAUGAGUUAAGGUGAAUGUAAAUGCAGUUUGAAGUUCACUGAAUUGUCUAUACUCAGUGCUGUUAGAAAUUUAUGUUAUAUCAGUAAAUUGUCCAUAUAAUCUUUGAUGUACACAGGAAAGCAGAGGAAUAAUGUCAGAGGGGUGAAAUAAUUAAUAAAGGUAGCUGUUUUUAUUCCACUGGAUUGUGGCUUUAAGGCUUUUUUAGCAGAACCCCAGAAAAACUGUAAAAUCCAUAGUUAUAUGUACAUCUCUUGUAAUUCACUUAUGCAAAUAUGAAUUAUUUUAACUGAUUUUUUUAUCAAAAUAUUUUCACACUCAUAUCCAAACAAAUAAAUUUGCAUUUUUGUUAUUAAUUUUUUCACUUGUGCCAAUUAGAUUACCAACAUUGUUUUUCCAGGGUUCAUUGCUCAUUUAGCCAAUGGGAAGAUUCCCAACUCUACUUAAGGUAAUUAUAUAUUUCUUAAUAACUUGGAAUGAAAACAUACCAUUGUAGUUUCCUUAAGGUUUCCAGCAAUUUGUCUAGAGUAAGAUAAUAGACGAGACUCGAAGGAAGAGGAGUGCUGGAGAGCUAGUCGGGCAGUUCUCCAUUUUGUACAGUAGGUAGUUAUAAUAGCCCUUAUCCAAGUAACUUGACUUCAUAUUGAAGUCAGAUGUUUGCAUAUCUUAAACUUGUCUAUAUCUUUCUCUGUUGAAAUAAUAGGAAAGUGAAGAGUGUGGCAGGAACUGCCAAAAUAAUGCAAUACUCACCUGAAUCUAUCAAAUAAUUGCUAUUGUACUGUACUAUAACUGUCAUUAACAGUACCCAGUAUUUCAAAUGUAUUUAUGCAAAGCAUAGAUAUAAUAGGUGUAUGAAAUGCAUUUAGUUUCAAAACUCAACUCUAUUAUAUAAGAUAUAGCAGAUUUAUGCUUUAGGUAUUAUUAUCAACAUCUGAACAUGAAACAUUUACACAAAGAGCAUACAUUCCUAAUUUGCAUUCCUUAUUUUUCAACGACAUUUACUGUUCCUGCAGAUGUGCUGUAUUUUAUUUUAUUUGGAUUGGAACCAACAGCAGUGCCUAAGUUACUUUGCCACUUUUCUUUUGAGGAGAUAAAUUACUAUAAGCUUUCCUGUGAAACUAUAAGGAUAUGAAAGGCUCUGGCAAAAUGUUGUUUACUCUUGUCUUUCCUCUAUCGUUGUAGCAAGGAAAUGAAAAAAAUUCAUUUUAUAUUAAAUAACAGGAGUGCUAUGUUCAUUAAUUACAAGUUCUAAUUUAUGUGAUUACUCAGUUACUUCAGAACAGAAUAUAUUUCAAUGAAAUCUUUCAUGUGGCGAAGACAGAGAAAAAUAACCUUUGACACUGAUACGCAUAUGUUUUGAGAUUAAACAGUGUUUUAUGAUACAGGUUUACUGCUAAUUUGCUUUUGAUUCAGUUUUCAUAAUAAAAAUAAAUUGCCAUACAUCUACAGAAACGGCUAAAUAUUUAAUGUUUGAAAAUGAGCUUUUCAAAAGCUCAAAGCAUGUUUCUUGUGUGUGUACAAAGUUAUAUAUAAAAUUUAAUUUUGUUUCUUGUAUAUAUCUAGUAUUAAAAUAUGUUCAUACAAAAACCUGAAAGGUACAUUAUAAUUUCACUAAUUACGUGUAAAUCUUGAAACUAUUUUUAUUUAUCCCAGCUUUUCAUUUUUGUUUCAUCUUAUGCAAAGUGUGUUUGCCCUAUGAUAAUUAUGCUUUUUUAACAACUUAUACCAACAUUGUAUACUUUUUGGUUUAAUUAGCUUGUAUAUUACCUCAGGACUUGAAUUCGUAGUAUUGUUGCUCCUAGUUAGCUUUUUCAUCUUUGUACAGUUACUUUUUCUUCUUUACAUUACAGAAGGCACAAACUUUAAAAUAACAGUGUUCCCAGUUUCAAGUCCAAAUAAAACUUACUAUAUUUUCUUAUAAAAAAUAUUAUCCCAUGAUGUUUUAGCCAUACUCUGUUAAUUUAUUGCUAUUUCAUUAGUAGUUAAACUGAUAAAAGCCUGUUUAUUCCAAUCACAUAAACAGGUGAAUGUCAGGUUAAUAUGGACCAUUCAUAUGUUCUAGUUUUGAUUAGUUAUGGUUUUGAUGUAAAACUUUUGGAGACUGUUGAUUGCCGAAAUUUUCCAAACUUAAGUUACUAAAUGUCAGUGGUACUGGUAAAUUCUAAACUGAAUAGAGAAGUUUGCAUUUCUUUUCUUUUUUGCCUUAAAAAAUUAUGCUAUUCUUAAAUAGCUAGAAAAUUUUAAAUAAUUGUUAUUCCAUGAGAGCUGUUGUUAAUCAUGCAGCUUAUCAUAAAGAAUUCAACUUCAGGCUGCUGAAAUUUAUUUUAAAUUGGGCUUGAGCUUGGGAAUACUGUACAGUACUUUACUACGUAUAUUGAUAUGACAGUAUUUUUGUUUAAAAAUAAUUUUGUUACCAUAAUACUGUAGAAUGCUCUUACUGUGGACCCUACUGAUAAUUUCAGAAAUCUCCAUUAAUAAUCCUAAUUUUUGAUAGACUGAAAAUAUUAUUUCUAGGAAAUUUGUUUCUGGUUACCAUUUAUCAGUAUCUGUGAUAUAUGUACAGUCUACUUUUAAUUUGGUUUAUUUUAAAAUCUUAAAGCUGUAAUAUAUGUUCAUAUACAGCUUCAAGGCAUAAUUUUAACAAUAGAAAAUUGGAAAUAUCAACAAAUUUGAAUCUGUUUUGAUAACUGUUUUGCAUAAAAUUGUUAUAUAUAUGGUCAGGAUAUUUUGGAUGAGUACUGUAAAAUGUGUAAAUUGGCUUUCUGUACAAAGUAUUUUGCUUAUGUUGGUACUGUACUUACAUAUGUAUUACUUGUAAUUUGCAGAAAACUCAAGAGAAUUGAUUCUCAUGUUUUAACUGAUUAAAAUUUAUUGUUGUGUACUUUGACUUGAUACUCUAUGUGGCAGCAUACUUGGCAUUAUCUUUAUGUCAUUUGUGGGAUUUUUAUAACGAACAGAAUUCUUGUUUUCUUGUGUUUAGCGACUAGCAAAGAUUUUUGCAGGUUACCAGUAACCAAAUGGUGGGCAAAAUGCUUGCUACUAUUAUUUAUAUGCUUUUUAUUCUUAUAAUUUGAUGUGGCUUUGGCAACAGCAAUCAAACUCUCAUCACAAUUCUUUAUUCUUUGAUUCAAUCUGAGCUAGGGCUUUGAAAUUUAAAAAUAUUUUGGCCAACUUCUGGCCAUUUGCAAGGAUUUUGAUACUUUAUAAAAACCCUACAAAGUUAUAAGGAGUUACUGUUUCUCUUAUUCUUGCUGUCCCCACAGUAUUUGGUCAAAAAAGGCAUAAUAUAUUUUGGGCUUCUAUGUUUUUGCCUUACUGAGUUUAUCUAAAUAAACUUGAAGCAUCUUCAGAGAAAGUUCCCUUCACUUUAAAUUGUUAAAACUUUCUCUUAGUCAGUUCUCCUAGUAUUACUUAUUUUUUGUGAUUUUUUUUUCUUUUUUUUUUUUACUUCCAGUCCCUAAAUGUGUACAAAGUAAAAGUGAAUAUAGUCAUUGUAAAUAUUAUAGACUGGUUUGGAUUUAAGUAUAAAUAAAGUGUUAUGUCAUAAAGUAAAAAAUGGCUUCA